AUGUGCUAUGGGCUUCGUGCAUCUGUUUUUGAGGAGUUUCUGGCACUCGGCGACUUCCAUAAGAACGGGCCCAGCACCGCGGCAGGCGAGGUGCUCAGACUGGGACGAAACAGAGUUCCGGACGAGUACAGGCGCCUGCGCACCGAGACAGAGCUGACCCAAAGAAUAACGGGACUCUAUAGCGCCACGGCCAUCGCCGGCAUGGACGACGACCCGAAAAAGGACCUCAUCUUUGAGGGGCGCCACGUGCUCGACACAGUGAGACAGGCCGCGGUCAAGGCAAACUCCAGGAGGCAGGCGAACAUUCCGAUGAUGGAGUGGAUCCUGCGGCGGACGGGCUCCCCUUCGGCGACCGCAAGUCCACUAGGCGAAGGGGAAGACUGGGUGGAAGCGGCGAUCAAUGAGGAAAUCUUCGCCGACGCGCUCGACACGUGCAGAACAAAGCAGAGCGCGGGGAGUGAUGGGUGGCAGUGCAUCCUGCUGAGAUGGGCCCCUCGGUGGCUCCAAGAGGCGUAUCGGCAGUCGCUGGCUCAAGUCGUCCGCGAGAGGCAGUACCCUCCCGAGUGGAGGGAGUGGUUUGUAACCAUGAUCCCGAAGGCGAAACGGGAUCCGUCCCUCUUCAAAAACCUUAGGGACAUCUGGCUGGUACCGCACGGCUGGAAGAUCGUCACUGCCUGUUUCUCGGCGGAGUACAAGAGGGUCAACGCCGAAACUCAGCCCCAUGCGGCCCACGGCUUCAGACAGCUCCGGAAUGCAGCACAGGCGAGCCUCGUGGUCAAACUGCAGACCGAGGAGGCGGCCAUACUGUGUCAGCCUCUGGUUCGGAUGUACUUUGACCUGGAAGGGUUCUUCAUGGGGGUCGUCAGAGCGGUUCUCCUGGAGCUCGAGAAGAGAAUAGGCGUCUUCCCUGAAGUGACGGAGGCCAUGCAGGCGCUACAGGGCGAGGCGCAAGGGAGGAUCAUAACGGCGCACGGCGCGACGGGGGGCUUUCCCGUCCCGGACGGCACAGGACAGGGCUAG